AUGACGCUGAGUGUUGGCCAUCGUCCCAGAGACCCGGACAUCCUUGUCAUGGAGGCGUGGGGACAAGGAUUCCUGGUGGGCUCCCUUGUUGUCAUGAUUGCCAUCACCGCGGCCAACAUGAAAAAAGGGAUGCUUUUGCACAAACUCAUCGUGGCAGAGGGACCCUUGGUGGAUCUUCACCACCUGCUUUCUCCUGUACAUCAUCCAGCGUGGGUAUGGAUGUUCGCUGAUGCAGCUGAUCCGCAUCAGCCCACGGUUCGGCGUCAUGCUCCUAUUCAUGGUGAUCUCCGUUGUGUUUGCGGUGGUGGACAUUUGGCGUUUGUUUUCAAAUGCCUGAGCGACACCAUCAUCUUGGAUGACUUCCGGAGCGCCCUGGAUCGACUGCGCUAUCACUACCACCCGGACGGUGUGCCACCGCAGGAGGCCACGCACGCUCGCGGUCGGAGCACAAACCGGCUUGUGGACUGUGUACCCGAGGCGUCUAUCAAACGCCCCGAGCCAUUUGGAAAAAUACGGGAAAGCAUAGUGUGUGGCUGUGUGCAAACUGUCGGAACAUACGGACGUCCCCUUCCGCCUGCCCUGGGGUUGACCUCGCUUAGUCAUUGUUUAGUAGGCAGUUACAGCUAA